UGGGCAUUGGCUUGCCUGUCCCCCUCGAACCGCCCAUCGAGAUGAGUCAGUGCCCCGCCUACGACGAUCCCAAUCACAUUGUUAUGUUUGCCUAUCCCAACGACUGCCGCAAGUACUACGCCUGUGUAAAUGGCCUGGCCUAUCUACAUCAGUGUCCCGAAAAUCUCUACUGGAGCCAGCUGACGUAUCGCUGUGACUACAGGCAGUACGCCAAAUGCGAGAAUAUGCCGUAUCCGGAGCAGACGCAGUACAGCGCCUAUCCCGGCGAUUGUGGACGCUACUUUGAGACGCGUCUGCUAAGCUGCCCGAACAACUAUCACUGGAACGAUCAAUAUAAACGCUGUGAUCCGCCACAAAUUGCCGGCUGUCGGCCAACACCGCCUCUUAGCACCCAGAUACCAUUUGAGCCGACCGCAGCAACUCCGCCAGCCGUAAUCAAGCCAACGAUUCAACCAGAGCACAAUGCACCCAUUGAUCCGCAAAGUCUAUGCAUUGCCGCCGCUGGCCAACUGACCUAUCUGCCAUAUCCCGGAGAUUGUCACAAGUUCAUUCAAUGUGGUCCAACAGCCUCGGUCCUCACUUGCGCCAUCGGCUUGUACUGGAACCGCAGCACCCAAUCUUGUGGCUCAUCCCAAAUCGAUUGCCAGCCCUACGAGCUAUCAUACUUCUCCAAAGAGGUUUGAUUACAUUUGAUAUACUUACUGGAUUAACUGAAUAAUUCAUAAAU